UUUGCGCAAUGUUAUUCUAUCUUUGGCCAAUGAAAAUACACUAAGAUAUGAUUCUCAACGUUGAUUCUUGAACAAUGGAUGAAACUCCUUCACCGUUUUCUUGGUCCUAAAUUCAUUCACCCCUAAGGCCACACCUAAAUUAUAGCUACCUUUUCACCAAACAAAAAUUAGAUUCAAGUUUGUUCAUAGAAACAAAUGAAAAUAAUCAAGUUCUAGAGUACAUGAUUUUGUGUGAAUGUGUGUGCACAACUGCUACAUUCAAGAAAAAUAGGUACUAAAACAAAUGAUGAAGAGUUAUUCAGAGGAGAGCAAUAAUGGCUCAUCCUCUGGUGAAUUAUCCUCUAAGGAUGGUGUUAAUAUAACAAAGGGUGAGACACCAUUGUUUGUUGUUUCUUCUUCUUUGGAAGCUGCAGAGCUUCAUCAUGCACCUGAUGGAUUAGUGGAGAUAAAUUUAGGUGACUAUGAACAUGGAAUAAAUGGAUUAAAAGAUUUUAUUCAUGUGUUUAUUUUGGAGUCUAUUAAGCUUUGGGCCAUUGCAGGACCUAUUGCUUUCAAUAUACUAUGCAAUUAUGCUGUUAAUUCCUUCACAAAUAUAUUUGUUGGCCAUCUUGGUAAUUUGGAGCUUUCUGCAGUUGCUAUCUCCCUCUCUGUCAUCUCAAAUUUAUCAUUUGGAUUCUUGCUAGGUAUGGCUAGUGCACUAGAGACUCUAUGUGGUCAAGCAUAUGGUGCUGGACAAGUAGAAAUGCUUGGAAUAUAUAUGCAAAGAUCUUGGAUAAUCUUAUUUGGUGCAUGCAUAUUGCUCUUACCAAUUUACAUUUAUUCUGAACCAAUCCUAAUACUCCUUGGUCAAGAUCAUGAAAUUGCUGAGCUUGCUGGAACAUUCACAAUCCAAAGCAUCCCUCAGAUGUUCUCCUUGGCCAUCAAUUUCACCACACAAAAGUUCUUGCAAGCACAAAGUAGAGUUGCAAUUCUAGCAUGGCUUGGUUUUGUAUCCCUCAUUGUCCACAUUGGCAUUCUUGCACUUUUCAUCAAGUUGCUUGGUUGGGGAACAGCAGGUGCUGCUGCAGCAUAUAAUAUAACUGCUUGGGGAAUUUCUUUGUCACAAUUGGUUUAUGUUGUUAAUUGGUGCACUGAAGGGUGGAAGGGUUUGUCAUGGUUAGCAUUUAAGGAUCUUUGGAAUUUUACCAAGUUGUCUUUUGCUUCAGCUAUCAUGCUUUGCCUUGAGAUUUGGUAUUUCAUGACUUUGAUUGUUCUCACUGGACACCUUGAGAACCCAGUUAUUGCUGUUGGCUCACUUUCAAUAUGCAUGAAUAUAGAUGGUUGGGAAGGCAUGCUAUUCAUAGGGAUCAAUGCAGCUAUUAGUGUGAGGGUUUCCAAUGAGCUUGGAUCAGGGCACCCGAAAGCAGCAAAGUAUUCAGUGAUUGUGACAGUUACUCAGUCCCUCAUCUUUGGAAUACUUUCUGCUGUCAUUAUUAUGGUUGCAAAAGAUCAUAUUGCUGUCAUUUUCACUGAGAGUGUAGAAAUGCAAAGGGCAGUUUCUAAGUUAGCAUCACUUCUUGGCAUUACCAUGAUACUCAAUAGUGUUCAACCAGUUAUAUCAGGUGUAGCUGUUGGAGGAGGUUGGCAAGCAUUGGUAGCUUACAUCAACCUUUUUUGUUACUACAUUGUUGGACUCCCUCUUGGAUUUCUUCUUGGUUACAAGAUGGGCUUAAGAGUGGAGGGUAUCUGGAUUGGAAUGAUAUGUGGGACAAUAUUACAGACAAUGAUCUUGCUGUAUAUUAUCUAUACUACCAAUUGGAAUAGAGAGGUUGAAGAAGCAUCAAAACGAAUGCGGAGAUGGACAGGUCAAGAAUUGGAGCUUCAUUCCAUGAGCUAGUAACUAGCUAGUAUACCACAUAGAAAUUAAAUCAGGAAUUUCGAUCAUAGUAUAUUUAGCUUUUUUUAAUUAUUAUUAUUAUACUUGUAAUGUAACAAAUGAUAUUAGAAAAAGAGUAAAGAAAAAUUCAUAAUCCUACUUUCAUAUGCUCUUUAGUACACAUUAAGGUAGUGGUUGUUUUUAAGAA